AUGGCUUUGCACACGCCGCCGCGGGCGUUGCUCUUCGAUGUGUUCGGCACCUGCGUCGAUUGGCGUACGACGGUAACACUCGCGUUGGAUGCCCAGUCACAUGCAGCUCUCAACUCAGCAACAGCCUCUCUCGCUUCGAGAGUGAGGCUGAGGGCCUCUGACAUGACUCUGGCGCAUUGGGGCGACUUUGCACAACAGUGGCGAGACUCGUACAAGGCCUUCACUCAGAAGUUGGCGGCCGACCCGACCUUGCCCUGGAAGACGAUCGAUGAGCAUCAUCUCGAUUCCUUGAAAGAACUGCUGCAGGAGUGGCAGCUUGAGGGUCUGUGGGUGGAUGAGGAGGUGCGCGCUCUGAGUUUGGUCUGGCAUCGCCUCGAUCCUUGGGCAGAUUCUGCGUACGGCAUCAAGCUGCUCAACCAGUUAUUCUGGACCGCUACCUUGUCGAACGGAAACAUCUCCCUGCUUUCAGACCUCAAAGCGCACGGCAAGAUGGAGUUCACUCACGUGCUCAGCGCCGAGCUCUUCGGUGCAUACAAGCCCUCGCCGAAGGUCUACCUGGGAGCCGUCGAGAAGCUGGGGCUUCAACCGAAGGAAUGCGCAAUGGUUGCGGCGCAUCUGGGCGACCUGAAAGCGGCAAAGUCCCAUGGUCUUCAGACUAUCUAUGUUGAGCGGUCCGGUGAGGAAGACUGGUCCAAUGAGGAUGUGGAGAAGGCAAAGGAUGAAGGAUGGGUGGACCUCUGGAUUGAUUACGCCGGUAACAGUGGGUUCGUGACUGUGGCGGCAAAGCUGGGUAUUGAGGUUCCUGACAAAAACCCGAAGCGACUGAGUUCUUCUGCGUAG